AUGGAUUUUGUAGAUAGAGCUCCACUAUCAUUGGAUAAAGAUAGAGUAACGUGUUUAUUAUUAAUUAAUACUUAUUUAAUGAAAAAAUGCUUUAAUAUGUAUACUAAUAUUAUAACAAAUCAACAAUUUAUGCAACAAAUGUCUCAAGAACAAAGACAAGGUAUUACUUAUUCAUAUGGUAAUUGUAUUAAAAGAUUACAAUGUAAUUUAGCUACUUUAAACUAUAUUCAUGAAAAAUAUAAUUCACCAAAUAAUCAACAACAACUUCAAAAACAAUCAUUUCCUGUAAUGUUAUCUGCACCACAGGACAUGCCUGAAUUACAACAUUUAUAUUCAAAAUUACAAGAAUUAUACGCUGAUGCUGUUCAAUAUUUAAAACACAGAAUUGAAGAAAUGAGAAAACAACAAAUGUUAAAUCAAAAUCAACAAAUGAUGUCACAACCUCAAGGACCACAACAACAACAACAAAAUAUGACACCUCAAAAUAUGACUCCACAACAACAUCAACCAAAUAUGGGCCCUCCUCAAAGUAUACCUCCUCAAAAUAUACCUCCUCAAAAUAUUCCUCCUCAAAAUAUACCUCCUCAACAAAUGCCUCAAAUGCAACAACAACCACAAUCUCAACAAAUGGAUGAUAUGUUUAUGAAUGAUAAUUAUCCACAAAAUGAUUCAAUGCCUAGUUCAACGCAAGAUUAUCAAAAUUAUGAUAAUAAUAUGAAUAAUUAUAAUAAUCAAAAUAAUGGUAUAAAUUCAAUGUCUACAUUGUCACCGCAACAAAUAUUACAACAAGCUAAUGAAUCAAAAAGUACACCUUCGAUGACCCAUAUGGAUUUCGGUUUAUUUUGA